CCAACCUCAAGCGCGUCAAAGCAUCACGCAUCCGACUCUUCAACUCCUCAAGCAUCCAACCGCCGAAUUCGCCUCACGCAACCCCCUGCCUCGAUCAUCUCCCCCAUCUUAUCAGCAUCCGCAGGCCCCUACCUUGACUGGACAGGAAACCUUCCCGCAGCGCACCCGCGCCACUGCCUCUCGGUCUUGAUAUAUCCAAAGAAGGGACCGGCGGACGGACGGCUCAGUUGAUCCGGGCGCCUCAUUGUCUUCCUGCCACGGUAUCGCUUCACUUCACGAAUAUUCAUCCUACUUACACGCCGACUCGACGCCAGCGGGGGUUUUGAGACUGUCGUCAAACCGGGAAUCGUACAAACGGCCACCGCAGCCACCACAUCCACCGUGUCCUGAGUCUCACCAUGCCUUACAACACCACCGCCAUCCCUCCGAGAAAGGAGCCCACCGGACAGACUCAGCUCCCCCUUUCUCGAGUAAAGAAGAUCAUUGCUCAAGACCGCGACGUCGUCCAGUGUUCCAACAACGCCGCCUUUGUAAUCACCUGCGCGACUGAGAUGUUUAUUCAACACCUCGCUGAGGCAGCCCUCAAUCAAGCCAAGACGGAGCGCAAGCCCCGUCGCAACAUACAGUACAAGGACGUUGCCAACGCCGUGGCGCACCAGGACAACCUCGAGUUCCUAGAGGACGUCGCCCCCAAGACCAUCCCCUUCAAAAAGGUCUCGGCGGCCUCGCGGGAGGCUCAAGCCCGCAUGCGUGGUGACAAGACGGCCCCUGCCGCCGCCGACAACGGCACCCACCGCCGGCGCUCUAACCCGCAUGCCAACGGCUUGGCCGCCGUGAACGGCAAUGGAAGCGCACGCGGCCUCGGCACAGCCUUUAGCGUGGCGCUGCGCGACGACAGAGCUUCGGCACAAGCAGAUGACCCCAAUGAGCAGUUGGAGUUGGAGAUGCGGCAGGCGGCUGGCGCGAGAGCCCGCGACGGGGACGUACAUAUGUCGGGGUAGGAACCGGAGUCGGGGAGGGCCGGUGGGAGAUGAUUGCUCAACUCAGUCACAUCAUGCGUCGGUCGCAUCGACUGUCGGCGCUGAACCAGAGCAGUCGAUGGAAGCAGCAUUUCGGAACGGCAGAAGUUUCGUGGGAUUCUUCAGGGGCCUGCGCUGUCAGAAGGCGGCACAUCUGGUGCCACAAGACCCCCCGACAGCAAAUCAAAGAGUUUAGAAUAUCAAGUGCCGUUUUCCGUAGCUGUCACUAUGUAAUCGCACC